GGUGAACAAAGAUUAUGCAAAUCAUCUCACGUUAUUUCAUCGCCUAUCAACAUUGAACUAUAUCGACAGGGGACCUUGAGAUGGUGCCAAUGAGUGCGAUCAUUGCGCCUCCUAAGAUUGUCAACGUGGAUCAUCCCUUCAUACUGUUGUUGGAAAGUCGAGGUGCUGGAGAGAGGAAUAUUCUCUUUCAAGGGAGAGUUCUUCAGCCUGCUCAGUAGUUUUUUGACUGAACUGGUGUUUAUCAAUUUCUUAUGCCGAUGCCGCUUAAAAUAGUUU